UGGAGUCAACUUCCUUCUUCCUGUGUGUCCUCUCCCCCUUCCAGAUCAGUGUGUUUAUGACCCACCUGUCAAACUACGGCAAUGACCGUCUGGGUCUCUACACAUUCCUCCACCUGGCUGACUUCCUCUCUACCUGGACACACCUCCAGCUAGACACUCUACCUCCUCUGCAGCUGGCCCAGAGAUACUUCACCCUGUUCCCGCAACAGAAACAGCCUCUCUGGCAGAACCCGUGUGAUGACAGGAGGCACAGAGACAUCUGGUCCAAGGAGAAGACCUGUGAUAGGCUGCCCAAGGCUCUCGUUAUCGGACCACAGAAGACAGGAACAACAGAGCUCUGCCUCUUCCUCCUGAUGCAUCCUUCCAUCUCUAGCAGCUUCCCCAGCAACAAGACGUAUGGAGAGGUCCAGUUCUUCAACACUAACAACUACCACCAGGGAAUAGACUGGUAUAUGGAGUUGUUCCCGCUCCCGUCUAACGUCACCAGUGACUUCCUAUUUGAGAAGAGCUCCGCCUACUUCCCCUCUGAAGACACUCCUCGCCGCGCCGCCGCCCUGCUGCCUAAAGCCAAGAUACUGACCGUCCUGAUCAACCCCUCAGACAGGGCUUAUAGCUGGUACCAGCACCAGAAGGCUCAUGAGGAACGCACCGGGUCGAUGCUCUCCUUCUAUGAUGUCAUCAGCGCUCGACGCGGGGCGCCAUCCAACAUCCGAUCACUACAGAACCUCUGUCUCACCCCGGGACUCUACAAUACACACCUAGAGAGAUGGCUAACACACGGGACCCUAUAGACACCUAGAGAGAUGCUGAUGGUUAUAGAUGGACAGCAGUUGAGGAGGGAUCCAGCUGCAGUGAUGGAGGAGGUCCAGAAGGUCCUGGGAAUUACUCCUCACUACAACUACACACAGACUCUACGGUUUGACCAGCAGACGGGUUUGUGGUGUCAGCUUUUAGAUGGGGGGAAGACUAAGUGUUUGUGGAGUAAAGGAUUGGAGUAUCCUCCUAUGGAACCAGAGGCACGUUCCUACCUGUCCAGGUAUUAUAGGGAACACAACAUAGACCUGUCCAAGCUGCUCCACCGGCUGGGUCAGCCUCUCCCCUCCUGGCUGAGAGAGGAACUACAGAAGGUCAGUUAACAGGGUUAGAGGUCAGAGUUCAGGGGACACCGGCUGGUUCAGCCUCUCCCCUCCUGGCUGAGAGAGGAACUACAGAAGGUCAGAUAACCUCUAACCCUACCAGCAGCCCAGGUUCAUAGGUCAGGUGUUAAAGGUCAGGGACCAUUAAGAGGAAGAGGGCGUGACCUUUCUGUGACCUCCCAACCCCGUUGUGAAGCUGAGGAUGGAAGAGAGAUCAUGAACUAUGAACAAUGAACUCUGUCCUGGCUUGACCUCACAGAGGAGAAGAGAUAUUAGAUCACUGAUAUCUGGAAGGAUAACUGGAUAUCUUGGUCUCUGAACUCAGAGAGAUUGGAGGGAUGACUGACCUCUGGAAUAGAACUGUGUUUCAGUUAAUGGACUGGAGAGACCUAUAGCCCAGUCUCCAUCCACCUCCCUCUCUUCUUCUCUCUCUCCAUCUACCUCCCUCUCUUCUUCUCUCUCUCCAUCCCUCCUCUGCCUCUCUCCAUCCUUCUCCCUCUCUUCUUCUCUCUCUUCAUCCCUCCUCUGCCUCUCUCCAUCCUUCUCCCUCUCUUCUUCUCUCUCUUCAUCCCUCCUCUGCCUCUCUCCAUCCUUCUCCCUCUCUUCUUCUCUCUCUUCAUCCCCCCUCUGCCUCUCGCCAUCCACCUCCCUCUCUUCUUCUUUCUCUUCAUCCCUCCUCUGCCUCUCUCCAUCCUUCUCCCUCUCUUCUUCUUUCUCUCCAUCCCUCCUCUGCCACUCUCCAUCCUGCUCCCUCUACACCAUCUUGAACACAGACACACAGUGGAACCUCAACAUUGUUCUGUCCCAAGGAUCCAAAGACCUGAUGAUCUGUAGUUGUGGAUCUAGAAUGGAACUGGAACAUGGCAGACCCUGGAGCUAACACCACCACCACGACCAAACACCACCACCACCACGACCAGACACCACCACCAUGACCAGACACCACCACCACGACCAGACACCACCACCACCACGACCAGACACCACCACCAUGACCAGACACCACCACCACCACGACCAGACACCACCACCAUGACCAGACACCACCACCACCACGACCAGACACCACCACCAUGACCAGACACCACCACCACCACGACCAGACACCACCACCAUGACCAGACACCACCACCACCACGACCAGACACCACCACCAUGACCAGACACCACCACCACGACCAGACACCACCACCACGACCAGACACCACCACCACCACCACCACGACCAAACACCACCACCACCACGACCAGACACCACCACCACCACGACCAGACACCACCACCAUGACCAGACACCACCACCACCACCACCACGACCAGACACCACCACCACCACGACCAGACACCACCACCACCACCACCACGACCAGACACCACCACCACCACCACCAAACACCACCACCACCACGACCAGACACCACCACCACCACGACCAGACACCACCACCACC